UAUUGAUUAGAGAAAGAAAGAGAAAGGACAGUCAGCUUUUUAUUAGUUAACAUACCGACAAAAAAUGAGCGGAAAUUGGGGAAAAAACUAUCAGUGGGAAGAAAGGGAUUUGAUAACAUGGGAAAGGGAUAUCGACAAAAAAGAUGAGAACUACGAGUAUGACUACGACGAGCCGAUAGUCGAUCCAAGAUAUCGCGAAUAUCUGAAAGGAAACAGAGAUUUGCCGAAUAGAACGCUAACCGACCGGUUGAGACACAAAAAACCGACAAUUUAUGGCCGAUCCAGAGAGGGUCGUCGACUGUAUGGACCGGCAGAUAUCACCGAUUUGGGAAUGCCUACAGACUUUGACUUUCAGCGCGAAUGGACAGCAGACAGAAAUUUGAUUGAACAGACACUGAACAUGAAUUUUGAACAGAUGUUAGGUCAGGGAGGUUUUGGUCAGGUGUGGCGAGUCCGGAUGGGUGCCAACAAUAUGACUUAUGCAGCCAAAGUACUGGAGCUUAGGCGAUUUGCCAAAAAUACCAGUGCAAACGUACGCAAGUCUAUGAAAAAGAUGCUCGUGGAAGUGGAGGCCGUACGCGGACUACAGCACCCAAACAUAACUCGUAUUGAGUUUGUAUUGCACGUGAGGGACGAGCUCACAGAAAUGCGGUCGGCUUUUGUAGUCAUAUUUAUGGAGCUGUGCGAGGGUUCACUCGAAGACGAACUACACUUACGACUGAAUCAGCAAAUGACUGAACAGGAAGCCCACGUAUGGUUUGUCCAGAUUAUAGCCGGUUUGAAGUAUUUGCACGACAAUCGUGUGGCCCAUAUGGACAUCAAGCCGGAGAACAUACUUGUUAAACGGCACCCGCAAACAGUGUACAAGUUGGGCGACAUGGGAUUGGAGUUGAUCUAUCAGCCCGAUGAACCAAUGGUUACCGACAGAGCGCGCGGAACUCCCGGCUUUCUAGCACCGGAAUUGGUAGAUCAGGAUCAAGGAUCCAUACGCUCGCUGUUAGGUUUGCCCAAUCGACACAAAGCAAUCAAAUGUGAUGUCUAUUCUCUAGGCAUAACACUGGCCGUGUCGUUGGGCGGCGGCUCCAAACUUGACCUCUAUAUUCAUCGUCCAGACGGUAUGAUACUGGACCUGAACAGGUAUAUGAACCACGCACUGCUCAGACCGGGCGGUAGAUUCACUGAAAGGGAUGACGUUAUUAAACUGUUGAAAGGUAUGUGUUCAGUGGUUUCCUCAAAUAGAUUCACCAUUGAUCAGGUGCUUCAACACAGUUGGACCACUAAAAAGCACUGAUAUGUGAGAACAACAACCAAAAAGAAAUUAAAUCAGUAUUAGAUUAGAAAAAUAAA